AGAGCUCAGUCUCCUGCGCUCUCCAGAACAGACAGGCAAACCGUUGCCAUGGCUGGCAGAAGGACCACCGCGGGACAGCCCCCGGCUUGUGUGUGAAGCACCUUGUGGAGCCUGUGUGUGUGCGCUUGGUGGACCAGUCCGGGUGGUGAUCUAGCAGCACAGAGCCAGACCGAACCAUGAGGGACCCGUGUCGGGUGUGUGGCGUGCGCAUGGCGGGCGGCCAGUGUCGCUGGAUCUUCAGCUCCACCGGGAGCAGGAAGCUGCAGGUCGUCCUGUCCCACGUGCUGGGCUGGGAGGUGGCCCGCAACGGCCGCAGCGAGUUCCUGUGCGGGAAGUGCGUGUUCCAGCUGGAGAAGGUGGUCCAGCUGGAUGUGGAGAUGGGCCGGCUCCAGGAGGAGCACGGGGCCCAGCUCCAGAAGCUGCAGGCGCAGAAGGACCAUCUGGCCCAGUGCAUCGCCCAUAUCUACACCCGCAACAACCCGGCCGGGGAGAGGGGAGGCGGGGAAGGCGGCGGCAGAAGCAAGAUCCCCCUCCGGAGGUCCUCUGGGGGGGGUAGCCCCGAGGAGGGGCAAGGUCUGGCAGGAGGGCAACACACCCUGGAGAAGCAGCAGCAGAGAGAGGCCGGGUGGCUGUCCGGGGGGCGUGUGAGGAGGUGUGUGAGUCUGGACAUCCUGGGUGGGACCGGGGAGGGCCACGGGCGCUCAACCCCCAGGAAGCAGUCCGGAUUCGGGGCAGGGACACCAAGCGAACCCCCUGUGAAGAACCCGGGUUUCCGGUCGGCCAAGCUCCGCUCCAGGAGCAUGUACCUGGACCUGGUCCAGCGUAAGGUCACCCGCUCCACUUCUCUGCAGUCCCUGAACCCAGACCUCGCCCCUGACGCCCCCUCGGGGGCCCCCACCUCCUCAGACCCCCCAGCUCGGAGACAACUGAGGGAGUCAAAGGUGUGGAGAUUCAGAGAGAAGGCCCCCUCCUCCGAGACGCAAACCAGAGCUCCACCCGGAGGACCUCCACCAGGAAAGCCUCCGAAGCCCCGCCCGACCCAGCUGCCCCCGACCCAGCCGCCCCCGACCCAGCCCUCUGUCAUCACCGAGCUGCUCCACCUCCUGCGCUCCAUCCCCAGGCGUCCAGUCAGGGCGCCUCCAGAGAGCCGGCUCCCCCAGCUCCAGAGGCUCGCGGCGGGGGCUUCCCCACCCGGCCGCCUCACCCCGGGGCCUGGGGCCAGGAGCAGGCACAGGGAGGCCGAGUGGAAGUCCCUCCACGACCUCACCGAGGAGUUCGACGAUGACUACGCCCCUCUUAAGGCAGAGGGCUUGGAGGAGAAGCAGAGCGACCAGAGGAGGCUGGAGAGCUCCAACAAGCAGCUGGCUGCGGAGCUCCAGCAGAUCAGGACCUCCAACCAGACCCUCAGUCAGACCCUGGAGGACGCUCACACCCAGGCCAAGGCUCUCACUGGUCAGCUUGAAGAGAAGGAGAAGGAGCUCUCCUCAGAGAAGAAGAACACUUUGAAACGAGACAAGACCAUCCAGGGCCUCACCUUGGUGCUCAGGGAGAAGGAGAAGGAGGUUGAGGAGCUGUGUCACGAGAUUGAGGACCGGGAUGAGGCUUUGGCCAAGGCCAGGGACACAGCUCACAAAGCCCAGCUCCAGAAAUACCAGGGGGCAGAGGAGCACCAGAACCUGCUGAUGGAGAAGCAGGCGGAGCUGGCCCUGCUACAGGGAGACCACCACGCCAAGGUUCUGGAGGCCCAGAAGCUGCAGCGGUCGCUGGGCAGGAGGGAGCAGGAGGUGGCCGACCUGCAACAGGCCAAGGAGCAGCAGGAGCUGGAGCUGGAGGACCUGCAGCAGCAGAAGAAGAAGGGAGACAAGGCCAUGAACGAAGCCCAGAACCAGCUGAAGAAGCUGAGCGGGGAGCUGGCGGAGCGAGAGGCGGCGCUGGAGCAGCACUACCAGGAGCUGCUGGAGCAGACCCAGAGGAAGCUGCAGGCCCAGCAGGCCUCCAUCCAGCGCCUCACCACCACCCUGGCUGACAAGGAGCAGCAGCUGCAGGAGUACAUGAACAUGGUUCGAGACUUGGAGCACAGCAGGAGCCCGGGAGGAAGUGACAUCAUGCUAUCUAAGUUGCGUGAGCGACUGAGAGAGAAGGAGAAGGCUCUGGAGCAAGCGCUGGAUGAUAAGUUUGCGGCCGUCGAGGAGAAGGACAACGAGAUCCACCAGCUCCAGCUGUCCCUCCGAGAGAAGGAGAGAGACUUGGAGAGACUCAACAACCUGCUGGCUCACAACGAGGACACCAUCAGCAGCUUCGACUCGCUCGUCAAGGAGAAGGACGUGGAGCUGCAGCACCAGGUGAACACCCUGAAGAACCUGCAGAGAGCCAAGCAGGAGGUGGAGGACAACCUGAGCAGGUCCCUCAGGGAGAAGGACGCCAUCAUCAGCCAGCUGCAGAUCUCCCUGGAGGGCAAGACCAAGGACAUGGAGGACAUGUCUGGCGUGAUGCUGAGCCGGUCUCAGAGCCAGGCGCGUGACCUGGCGGAGCAGAUGGCUCAGAGGCUAAAGGUGAACGAGGCCAUGCUGGCCGAGGCUGUGAAGGCCAGGGAGAGGCUCGUGGCCGACAACGAGAGCGCCGUGGAGGGCCUGCUGGCCACCAUCAGCAGCAAGGACCAGCUGCUCAAGGCAAACACACACACACACACACACACACACACACACACUCAUUCUAUCUCACUUGAACACUAUGAUUCUAUGUUUAACAACGGUAUCUUAUGCCUCGCUGACAUUUCCUUGCGCGCCCUCCAGGAGUCCGCCGAGCGCUACAACCGCGCUCUGUCGGAGCGCGCCCAGGAGAUCCAGGACAUGAAGCGGCAGCGGGCCGAGAGGCAGCAGCAGCUCGCGGCCGCGGAGAGGCUCAGCACCACGGCAACGCAGGAGGGUCACCUGGAAACGGCGGAGCUCCGGGCUCAGCUGGUGGAGAAGGACGCCAUCAUCAGCAAGCUGCUGGAGCGCGGGCAGGAGAGAGACCACUUCCUGUUGGAGCUGCGCCAGCAGGAGGCGGCCCCUCCCCAGGUGCUGGAGCUGAGGCAGACCAUCCAGGUGCUGCGGGAUCAGCUGGAGGAGAGGGAAGCCGAGCGGAGAAACAGCGAGGACAACAUGGAGAAAGCUCCUCUCACCAAGAAGAUGGCCGUGGUCCUGAAGAAGGAGCUGGCUCAGAAGACCGAGGCCCUCAACAAGGCCCUGAAGAGAGAGAACGAGCUGAAGAUCUCCGUGGCGGAGCUGCAGUCGGUCCUGUCCGAGCUGGAGGGUCGAAUCGAAGGCCAGGCCGCCAACAUCGAGUCCCUCACCGCCACUCUGGAGAUCAAGGAUGAGAUCAUCGAUGAGCUCCACGAGCGUCUGGGCCAGAGAGGGGACAGCCAGGCUGGUGCUGCCCAGCAGCAGGCUGCCGAGGCUGGGCUGGAGCGCUCCCUCCCCAGCCUCCCGCAGAGGGAGAGAACCAUCAUUGGGGGAGACCGCCAGAACGAAGAGGCCCUGCCGGCCCUGGCCGUCCUACAGAUGGAGCGCGAGGCCCUGAACCGCUCGCUGAGGGCGGAGCAGCAGCUCUACUCCAGCCUGGUCCGCACCGUCAAGGAGCAGGACAGCGCCCAGCGCCUCCACGCGCUGCAGAUGGAGCUGACGGCGGUGCAGCUCCUCAGACAGCAGCUGGAGGAGGGCGUGAGGACCAACGAGGAGCUGAGGGAGGACCUGGAGCGAGAGAUCCACUGCGCCCAGCUCCGAGAAGGUGUGGAUCUGGUGGACCCCAGGGAGAUGGAGAGCGUCCGACACCAGCUGGAGGAUGCCCAUCGCUGGAACGCCUCGCUGCAGGCCCGCCUCGGAGCCAUCCAGAACCGCGGGGGAGGGGUGGGCGCCACCAACGACACGGCAGACACCAUGAGCUUCGUGGCCGACCAGACGUCCUACAUGAGCAUCUGUGUGGGGGAGGGGGAGGAGAGGGGGCUGUCCCAGCUGUCAGACGAGGAGCUCAGACACAAGCUUGUGGAGCUGCAGGAUCAGGUCAGCAGGCUUCAGGCUACCAACGCUGACCUCCAGAGGAGGCUGACGGAGGAGAGGACAGACGCCGACCCUGACCUGACCCUCGACCCCACUAGGAGGACGGAGGCUGGCCUAGCAGGCAGCAAGCCCAGGACACAGCUCAUAGAGAGGACGAUGAAGCAGCAGGCGGGAGGGCAGGGCACAGCGCCCCCCUCAGGAUGGGAUGGGAUACUGCAGGCAGACCGCAGUCCGGGUCAGGCUGUGGACGGGGGGCAGGGGACGACGGCAGACGCCAGCCCGAGGGGAGGGGAGAGGAGGGAGGGAGAGCUGCUCCGGUCUCUCCUGGACGAAUGUGGAGUCCUGUCAGCCAAUCAGCUCAGGGACGAGGUCCAGAGGCUGAGGUCGGAGCGCCUAGAGCUGCGAGGGCUCCUGAAGGAGGGGAAGUCGUCCGAGAGGAGGGAGAAGGAGAGCGACGACAGCUGCGUCGCCAGCGAGGCUGACCUGCAGCAGACCGUGGACAGGCUGAGGUCGGAGGCCGGAGGUCACCGCAGGGUCAUCCGCCUCCUGCAGGAGCAGCUGGAGACCAACGCGGUUCUUGCGGCCGCCGAUGGGCAGAUGACCCUCGACCCGGAGAUGGUCGCUGGCGUGAGCCGGGAGACCGAGAGUCCGCGGGCCGAGAAGGAGGGAGCGCAGAGGAGGGGAAGAGGGAAGGAGGGAGAGACGAAAGGGAAGACGCGGGGAGAUCAUCUCACCCCCCAGGGAAGCAGUCUCCACACCAAGGGCCGGUCACCAAGCAAGAGUCACCAACAGCAGGCAUCCAAACUGGCGGCGGGGCUCAAGUCUCGCCUCCCGGUUCCUGUGAGGCUGAAGAGCGAGGGCAGCAGUGGGUGGGGCAGCAGAGAGUCUGUGCACCCAGACAGCUCCAACGAAGCACAGCCCUCCAACCAGGACCACAGAGGAGUUUACGGGUCCGAUCAAAAGACAUCUCCAGACUCCGAUUCCCCGAGCUCCACCCUGGACGUCAACCUAGGGUCGGCCCAGCACCCGGGGGCCAGACUAGGCAUGGAGGUCAGGAAAGACCCAGGCUUGGAGGACCACCAGGCCGCUGAGAUGGAGCCCUGGCAGGGCCAGUCUGACAGAGAGCUCCUGGCCCAGCUGGAGCUCCUCCACCAGGAGUGCCAGGAGAAGGAGGGGCUGGUCGUCCGAUUGGAGGAGCAGGUAGCGGAGUGGGAGGAGCUUCAAGCUCAGCUCCAGGAGAAGGACAAGCUGAACCGCCAGUACCUGGAGGCCCUGCAGGCCGCAGAGUCCACCAUCGCUUACCUGACCGCCUGCAACCUGGACAGCCAGGCAGGGGGAGGGCCACCCGCCGGCCCCGGCUCCGACCCUGCCCUCCGCAGGCAGUGUGUGGAACUGCAGAAGGCGCUGCAGGAGAAGGAGAAGCUCAACAGCCAGCUGGUGGAGUGUCUCAGCAUGGCGGAGACGGCCAUCUCCUCUCUCAGCGCCACCUCGCCGUCCUCGUCCGACGGCUCGGACGGCCGGGGCGACCCCCAGGAGCUGUGCGUGAGGCUGGAGGCCGCCCUGCGCCAGGUCAACGCCUCCCUGGACGGCCGCGGGCCGGCCGGGGGGCCCGGGGCCGCCGGCGGGCAACGGGGCCCGGACCAAGAGCUGCAGCGACAGGCCGACUCCCUGCAGGAGGCGCUGUGGGAGCAGAGCAGGCUCAACGCCGAGCUGCAGGAGAGGCUGAGGGCCGCCGAGGCAGCUGCUGCGCGGCCGGGAGGGGACGCCAAAGCCAACACCGCCCCCUCUGGCCCGGAGGGCAGCGGCAACAGACAGGUGGAGGGACAGCAUGGGAGAAACAAGAUGGCGUCGUCAGGGAGGGCGGGUGCGAGCCAGGAGGAGAUGUGCAAGCGUCUGUCGGAGUGUCUGGGAGUCACGGAGGCAGCUAUAGCCUCUCUCGCAGUUCUCUGUGCCGCUACAGGCUCCACCUUCUCUGCCGACAGACUGGCUCAGACCGGUUCGGACCUCCAGACACAGCUGGACAGGCUCCAGAGAGUCCUGAAAGAGAAGGAAGCACUGGGAGAGGCGGGCUCAGCAGGACCCUGCAGAACCUCCACCCACCAGAACCAGACACCGGCAGGGGCUGGAGCCGGGGGACCGUCCACCCAGAACCCCCACCACAACCUCUGCCUCCUCCAGAGGCUCUUCUACGAACAUGCCCAGAGGAUCUCGGAGCUCCAGGCCGCCCUGGAGACGCGCGAUGCCCAGCUGCGGGAGCCCGGUCCCGGGGCAGCAGCAUCAGGAAACGCCCAGGCUCAGACGGAGGCCUUGCAGAAGGCCCUGAAGGAGAAGAAGAAGACGUGCAGGAGCCUGGAGGAGAAGCUGGCCACGGCUCAGUCCAUCAUCGCCCUGCACAACUCCAAGAAGCCCAGUGAAGGAGCUUCACAUACGGCGCCCCCUCCGGAGCGGGAUGAGAAGGGCGUGCAGGUGGACCAGCAGGACCUGGGUUACGAGACCAGUGGCAAGAGUGAGACUGAGGUGGAUAGGGAGGAGAGCAGUAGCACAGACAUGUUUGGCGGUCUGCAGCCUCGUCCCAGCGGCUCCUGCAGUCUCCCGUCCCUGCCCCAGGACCAGACCACCUUCUCCUCCACAGAGAACCUGGACUCGGCCUCCAGCGCCUCCUACCCCAGCUCCCCCGCUCUCAGCUCCCCCAAGGUGGGUCUGAAGAGCCUGCAGACGUACGAGGACUACGGCGUGUCGGAGGACCCAGCCGAGCUCCGGGCUCAGAUCACGGAGCUGAAGCGUCACCUGGAGAGCCAGCUCAGGGUCACCGUCCACCUCCAGGCCCUGCUGCGGCCCAACUCCCUCUCCUCCAACCCGCCCGCCGGAGGGCCCGGCGGGGCCGGCGUCCGGGACGGGGCCCCUGCGGGUCUCCUGGAGCGAGGGGAAGGAGGAGGGAAGGAGGAGGAGAGGCAGGCGAUGGAGGAGAGGAUCGGGCGUCUGAGCGUGGAGCUGGAGAGGGAGAGGAGGGUGAACAGGAGCAUGAGCGAGCAGCUGCAGCAGGUCCAGCAUCGGAGCCGCUCCGCCUCUCCUGCCAGGAUGGACUCUCUAGUCCAGUCCCAGGCCCGGGAGCUGUCCCAGCUGAGGCAGCAGAUCCAGCAGAGCCGCAGGCUGGGUGCCCUGCAGCGCCACCAGCUGGAGGAGCUGAGCCGGGCCUUCGAGGAGCUGCUGCAGGCCAGCGACGUGGACUACUACCUGGGGGAGGUCUUCAGGGAGCAGCUGGACAAGAGCCUCAAUAUCCAGGAGAGCCUGGAGGGCCGCUUGGAGAAAGGAGGCGGCCAUCAAGAUGAAGAGGACGCAGCCAUGCUGGAGCUGGCUCAAAGACUCUCCAAGGAGCUUCAGGAGAAGACCCGUUUGGUCCACAGCCUGCAGAGUCAGCUGAGAGGACAAACUCCCAGCAGCCACCUCUCCUCAGCCUCCGACCUCUCCGACAGGGCGUCGCAGGAAGCCAACGCCUCCCGCAACAGCCUCACGUCCUACGCCUCACAAAAUGGCCGCCCAGGCCUACACGGGCUGAAAGAUUCCAAUGGAGAUCUGGCGACGUCCUCCGAGUCUGCAGCCAAACGUUGCGGGGGUGGAGCCAAAGCCGGGGGCGUGUCCGGCCACGAGGGGAGCUCCGUCAGGCUGCAGAGGGAGAACGUUCGCCUGCAGGACCAGCUGAGGAGCAGCGAGGAGCUCAACACCACCCUGCGUAGCGAGCUGGACCUCCACCGCUCGAUCCUUGACCAGAACCAGGCUCACAACCAGGUCCAGAACCAGGACCACGCAGGGCCAGCGCCACAGAGGGAGACCCAGAUAGGAGAAGGACUGUCAGGCACACAGCAGGACACAGCCCAGCAACACAACAUGAACCCAGACCUUCUGGCGGAGCAACUGCUGGAGAUCAGGGCUCUGAGACAACGUCUAGAGGAGACGAUCCGCACCAACGACCGGCUCAGAGAGCAGCUCGAGAGGAGGCUGGCUGAGGUGGACCGAGACCCAGCAGCCACCAACAUCUUCAUCCAGGGUAUGGAGGACCAGGGUCAGCUGACCAGCGAGCUGCGUCUCCUCUGGGAGCAGAACCAGGUUCUGAAGGAGCAGCUCAGCAUGGGCUCCAGAGACAAGCAGAAGGAGAAUGACAAGCUGCGCGAGGCCCUGGCCAGGAGGACGGCCAAGCUGGAGCAGAGCAGGAAGGAGGCGGAGCUUCUGAGGCAGGAACACGCUCGCCUGCAGGACACACUGGAGAGGAGCUCCCAGGAGAACACACACCUGCAGGAGAGCCUGCACUACAGCAGGGAGGAACUGCACAGGUUGCAGUGUGAGGUGAAGCACCAGAGACAGCAGCUCUCAGACAGCCAGAACCUCCUGCAGUCUCUACGCGUGGAGCUGCAGGUCUACGACAAGAUCAAGACUGGAACACACACAGAGUCUCUUCACGAAGCUCAGGGUCCUGGCCCUGGUCCUGGCCCUGGCCCUGGCCCUGGUCCUGGCUCUGUACCGCUGGACCUGGGGGAGCUUCUGAAGGAGAUGCGUCACCUGCGUGUGCAGCUGGAGAGGAGCAUCCACACCAACACGGCUCUGAGACGGAGGCUGGAGGAGCAGCUCCACUCAGGACCCAGCAGAGACACCAUCAACAUCAACUACCUGCUCUCCACGCCAGAGGACGGAGGCAGGUCUCCAGGUCGUGACCGUCUCCACCACUCAUCCCACUCUCACCAUGACCCCGCCUCUGAUCACCAUGACGCUAAGCGCCAGCCCUGGUCGGAGCAGGACGGUGAGUCCCAGUGCAGCUCUGGAGGGGACAGCGUCACGAGCGGCCCGUCCCGCCUGGUGCCGGGUCACCGUCUCUGGGCGAGCCGCGGCGGGCGCCACGUGCUGGGCCUGACGGAGGACCACAGCGCCCUGCGCAAGCAGAUCUCCGAGGCCCGCCGGCUCACGCGCAGCCUGGACACGCGCCUGCAGGAGUGUGCGCGCACACUGAAGCAGCAGGGCCAGGACAACAGGGCCUCAGAGCCGGGGCAGCAGGUGUCAGGCCUGUGCGUCAGUGUGAGCACCAUGCAGCAGGUCCUGGAGGAGGCAGGCAGGCUGCUGAAGCUCUACUGGAGGGUCUCCCUGCCUGCCAGCCCCCCCACAGGGGAGAACAGCUCCUGUAACCACCAGCAAGAGGAGCUCCUGCAGAGUGAGGUGUCCCGCCUGAAGGCCAGGCUGUCCCAGCAGGAGAGGAUGCUGAACGGGGCGGUGAAACGUCUGCGCUCCACCAACCAGCUGAAGGAGGGCAUGGAGAGGGUCAUCAUAGACCAGCUGGCGCUGACCCACGGAGUUCUGAAGAAGGCCCGGGGGAAUCUGGAGACAAAUUAUUACACCCUCUUUGGCCUGAAGGGUCAGUCUGGAGACCCAGACGAAGGAGGUGCCAGUCAGUGGUCAGUAGGACUCAGAACGGCAGGAGCCCCUCAACAGGAAGUGACUGUCCAGCUUCCUGUUCGGAGCCCCCCCGGAGACAGACACUCGGAAUGCUCGGAGGAGAGGAACAGCGACGCCUCCUCGCACUGUAGCUACUAGACCACACACAGCUUUUAAUGCUACCUAAUGGCCCCGCCCCUUUCCCCUGCUGUAGUACUGUCUUAUCUGCUUAUUGGUUCUUUGAAAUAUUCAAAUUAUAUAUUUGGGAAGUUGUACUGUAUUCCAAGCACAUCUGCCUAAUAUCAGACCUAUUUUUUGGUACGCAGGUUGUAAAAGAUUAUUUUUAUUAUGUAACAGGCUAUUUAGUCCGGCUCUUGUAAAUAUGAAAUUUGGACAUGUUUUAUUUCUUUGGUCAUUUUCCUUUUUAUAUGACAGAUUGAGGAGAGAUGUCUUAUCAGUUGUUCCUUCCAAGUUGUUCCUGUAAACUUACUGUACUUUAUUCCUGGGCUAGUGUGUGUACUGAGUUCAAAUUCAAAAAAAGUAAAUUGUUGCUUUUGAA